AUGGACAAGGCUUUCGAAAAACAAAUCGGCAGAAACUUGGAAGUAUAUGUCGACGACUUAGUAAUCAAGAGCAGAGAGGAAAAGCAAAUGCUUGAAGACAUCGAAGAAACCUUCCAAAAACUAAGAGAAUACAACAUCAAGCUCAACCCCAAGAAAUGUUCGUUCGGGGUAGAAGAAGGCAAGUUCUUGGGGGUGGUGGUCACCGGGACGGUUUUAAAGCUAACCCGGAAAAGAUUCUUGGCAAGACACGCUGAGAGAUCUUUGCCAUUCUUAAAGACGUUGAAAGAUUGCCUUAACAAGAAAAACUUCAAGUGGACCAGUGAAGCGGAAGAGGCUUUACAAGAUAUGAAACAUUUCAUUGAAAAAAUACCAAUGUUGACAGCGCCAUACCCAGAAGAACUCUUAAAAAUAUACUUGGCGGCAGCUCACAAUGCGAAGAUAUUUUCAAGGGCACCGCGUACAAGUCAUAACAAAUUAUCCGCUACAACAAAUUUGCACAAUCCUGAAAUCUCAGGAAGGUUGGCCAAAUGGGCCAAAGAGUUGGGAGCCCUCGAUAUUGAAUAUCGAAAGCGAACAGCCAUUAAGGGACAAGUGAUCGCUGAUUUCUUGGCUGAGAUUCCCGGGGGAGAAGUAAUACAAGACCCCGCGGUUCAAGACAUCUCAGAGUCCAGCACAGCCAGGCAAACCUGGAAAUUAUACACCGAUGAAUCCUCUAGUGGAAAAGGAUCCGGCGCGGGCCUCAUGUUAAUAAGCCCAGAUGAAAUAAGGCUAAUGUACGCCAUGCGGUUUGACUUUGAGUGCUCCAACAAUGAAGCAGAAUAUGAAGCGCUACUCACGGGUUUGAGAAUGGCCCAAUCCAUGGGAGCAACAAGGGUCGAUGUAUACGUUGACUCUUUGCUAGUCAAUAAUCAGGUGAAUGAAACCUAUGAAGCCAAAGAUGAAACGGUGGCAAAAUAUUUAGCUAAGACCAAAGAACUCAUAGCUUCCUUCAACAGCGUUACACUUAAUCACGUUCAUCGAGGAAAAAACCAAAUAGCUGACGCCCUGAGCAAGCUCGCCACCUCUGUUAUGGAAAAGGAAGUAAAGAUAAAAACAUUACAACUGCCCUCCAUAGAACCCCGGGAAGUGUCCGCCAUCACCGCGGAAGAACCCUGUUGGUACACUCCAAUCCUGAAGUUCCUCACAAAGGGGAAUUUACCCCCUGCCCGAGCUGAAGCUCAAAAGAUACACACCAAGGCGUUGCAAUACGAAGUAAACAACGGCGUCCUAUACAGGAAGUCAUAA